AUGCAUCAUGGAAUAGUGCAAAGUGCGAUCACCAGUGGUGUGUACCGAUUGGCGAUCAUGCACGCAAAAUCAUGCGCUGUCUCGGCGAUAACGCUCUCGGUUAUCACCGUUAUGUUCAUCACGUUCCAGUUUCAUUCGUUAUUCGCCUCAAUGUCAUUAAUCCGUUCAAGCCUUCAGGCACAUAUGGAUGAGUUCAAUGUCAUGCAGAAUGAAUGCCUUAUGAAUGAAUGUUUGAUACAUCCAAUCCAAUUCGUACCGAUAAGCAAGAGCAGUGAAGAAUGCGAAACAGAAAAUCGCUGUCCACCGGGGCCACCAGGAAGACCUGGACAAGAUGGCGUCGAUGGUGCUCCGGGACGACCCGGACCUCCUGGUGAACCAGGAGAACCUGGUAUAGCUCCACAAACGGAACCAAGAGACUUGACCACAUGCCGUGUAUGCCCUCCAGGACCAGCUGGACCACGAGGAUAUCCCGGCGAACCUGGGCCACCUGGACCCGAGCCUGGCCCACCUGGAAAAGAUGGACCUCAGGGUGCGCCUGGACGUGACGGUAUUCGAGGAGUGCAGGGGCCACCCGGCGAUCCUGGAAGGCGUGGUCCUAUGGGCCCGAAAGGAUUCAAGGGACCACCUGGAAACCCCGGAAAGAACGGUCCACAAGGACCUCCAGGUCCUCCUGGAGAACCUGGAGCACCUGGUCAAAAGGGUGUCGCUGGUCCAGCUGGACCAAAAGGCAUUACUGGCUCGCCUGGGGAAGAUGCCGGUUAUUGUCCGUGUCCACAGAGACGACGAAGACUCAAGCAGAAAACCUAA